UAUCGGUGGUUUAAAUAGCGAAGCAGCCUCGAGUGGAGGAGAUGUCAAUAUUAGACUUGAGAAACGCGUCACCGACCAUGUUUCCAUCCGAUGGCGUAACGGACUAACACACGGGAGGACGUGUUGGUGGAACGUUUGUUUGGCGCAAAGGUUUCGGAGCGAAACGCGAAAUCGAUAAUUCAUUUAGAGACCAUGAACUACGUGGGUCAGUUGGCGGGCCAGGUAUUUGUGCAGGUCAAGGAGCUUUACAGGGGACUGAACCCUGCGACGCUGUCCGGAUGCAUAGACGUCAUCGUGGUCCGGCAGCCCGACGGCUCCCUGCAUUGCUCCCCCUUCCACGUACGCUUCGGCAAGAUGGGUGUGCUGCGCUCUCGUGAGAAAGUGGUGGACAUAGAAAUUAACGGAGAGCCAGUGAGUUUGCACAUGAAGCUGGGGGAGAACGGAGAGGCCUUCUUCGUUGAAGAGGCUGAGAACACAAUGGAAAUAGUUCCGUCCUACCUAGCAACAUCACCCAUCAUGUCAACGGGGGCAGAGUUAAUGGAGUCCCAGUUGGGCAGGCGCAGUUCUCGUCACCAUGAUGCCAUCCCCUGCAGCUCAAUCCCCAUCCAGAGCCCGGGACAGCAGCCGAGUGAUGGAGGGAUUAUCAAGAAGAGGAGGAAGAGGAGGAAGAAGAGGCCAGAGGCAGGCGGGGGGGGAGGAGGAGGGAGGAGAGAGGAGAGCGGGGAGGAGUUCUCUGAGGACCAGGACAUGUUCACUAUUGACCUGAGCUCAGAUGAGGAGAGAGAGGGGGACAACAGACCGGCGUAUGGAGAUCAGGAGUCGACAGCCAACACAAACACAGACCACAGCCCUGAUUGGAUCUGUUCACAGAGUCAGAUGAUUAAGGAAACUCUCUCAAUCCCUCCAACCUGUGGUCUGUCCAUCUCUUGUCCGCAGACGACUUCUCACUUUUCCACUCCUCUUAGCAGCCAUGACAAUUCUAGGUCUUCAACACCAAAGAGCGACUCAGAGCUGACCAAUCAGAGCAAAGACAACCCUGAGAUGUUGUGGACUUGGGGGGAACUUCCACAAGCUGCUCAGCCCUCCUUCUUGACUUCCCUCCAGAAGAAGAACCCGGCCGUAGCGGUCUCCAUCCCAGUGUCUGCCGACACUCAUUUCAGAGCGAUCAGUGACACGGAGACGCCCUCCUUCACCCUCCAUGCCCCCCAGCCAGGGCAGACUGCUGCUGGUGGGGCCGAGGACACUGAGCCCACCAAGACUGUGGACACGGCUGAAGUGAGCGAGGUGGAAAGUGUCGGGCCAUCGUGUCCAGAGAUGGAGGGCUUCACAGCCUGCUCAGUGUCUCCCAGGAUUCUCCUUGAUCGUCGUGAUGAAUUUGAGAAUAGAGGAAGUCCCAUUAGAAGUACAGAUUCUCCGUCCAAGAGGAAAGAAAAGAGAAGCCAACACCUUGGUUCUGAUGGCGUGUACCUGGACGACCUUACAGAGCUGGAGCCUGAAGUAGCUGCUCUGUACUUCCCCAAAAGUGACGGAGGCAGCAGCUCAAUGAGAGGGGACUCCGAGCUGAUGAUGGUGAUGGGAGUGCGCAGUGCCAAUCAGUCCCCACAGUCGGUGGGCAGCAGCGGGGUGGACAGCGGCGUGGACAGUCUGUCCGACCAGGUCGGGGACCUGCCUCACGUGGCCAUAUCUCUGUGCGGAGGACUCACUGACAACAGCGAGAUAACAAGAGAGCAGUUCCAGGAAAGGGCAAUUUCCUUCCAGAAGUUCUCUGAAAAUCCUUCUAUAAUCGACGACCCUAACCUGGUGGUCAAGAUAGGAAGCAAGUACUACAACUGGAGCACAGCGGCUCCUGUCAUGUUGGCCAUGCAGGUCUAUCAGAAGCCGCUGCCACAGUGUUGGUGUCUGAGCUACGUGUUUUCUGCUUUCGGCCUCUUCUCAUACUGCCUCCCCGGUCUGUUUGGCUCCGGCGCCUCGCAGCCUGCUUCAGUGGAGAACAUCAUGAAGGAGAAGAUGCCAAAGAAAGGAGGACGCUGGUGGUUCUCAUGGAGGAGCCGGAAUAGCGACUCCAAAUCAGAAUCAGUGACUGAAGCGGGUGGAGACAGUGGAGAGAGCUCACUCGCUCUGCCCGCAGGAAACAGGAUGAAGGACGAGUCAUCCUCCAGUGAUGAGGACCACGCAUCAUCCAUUCAGGCGUCAGGAUCCUGCCAAUCAGAGCUUCCUGGGAGUUCUGGCAGCGUCUGUUUUAAGAAGACGCUUCGGCUCACCUCGGAGCAACUGGCCAGCCUGCAGCUGAAGGAAGGUCCUAAUGACGUGGUGUUCAGUGUGACCACUCAGUAUCAGGGCACCUGUCGUUGCCACGGCACCAUCUAUCUUUGGAGCUGGGAUGACAAGAUUGUCAUCUCGGAUAUAGAUGGCACCAUUACCAGGUCAGACACCCUGGGUCACAUCCUGCCCACACUGGGCAAAGACUGGACCCACCAGGGCAUUGCACGGCUCUACCACAAAGUCAGCCUGAAUGGGUAUAAAUUCAUGUACUGCUCAGCGAGGGCCAUUGGCAUGGCCGACAUGACACGAGGAUAUCUGCACUGGGUCAACGAGAGGGGGACCAUGCUGCCAAUAGGCCCGGUGCUGCUCAGUCCCAGCAGCCUUUUCUCUGCCUUACACAGGGAGGUGAUUGAGAAGAAACCGGAGAAGUUUAAGAUUGAAUGUCUCUCAGACAUAAAGCAGCUGUUCUUCCCAAACACGGAGCCUUUCUACGCUGCUUUCGGCAACAGAGCGACGGAUGUGUAUUCCUAUAAGGAGGUGGGCGUUCCUCUGAACCGGAUUUUCACUGUCAAUCCCAAGGGAGAGCUGAUACAGGAGCAUGCCAAAACCAAUAUCUCUUCCUUCGGGCGUCUGUGCGAGAUGGUUGACCAUGACUUCCCGGUCCUGGAUCUAGAAGGGGAAGCAGACGUCCAGUGCGCUGACACUUUCGAGCAGGUUAACUACUGGCGCGAACAAAUUCCUGACGGCACCAAACAGCAAGAAGACUCAGUGACACUUGAGACACGCUGAGAAAAUGUGUCAUUGAGAACGCUGUCAUUGAGAACGAGGUUUCCUGACUCACCGUGAAGGCGACAGCCCAGUUUCAGAGUGAAGCUGUUGGUCAUUUUAAAAUCAAAGAACCUUUUCUGAUAAAUGACUGAACCGCCAGCUCACUCAAGGAUCAGAGACUUCAGAUACGAUACUGCGACUACUGAUUCAGAGACAAACCACCUUGAACAGCAUCAGUGAACAGAGCGCACACUGUUACAGAUGUUGUUACGGAGUUCACGGUUCAUAAAAAAUAAGCCCAACAAUUUCUUUUUAUGAAGAAAUCGCUGCUGAAUUUCAACACUAACUAGCUCAGGAAUCAGGAAUCAGGAAGCAUUUAUUGCCAAAAUAUGUCAAACAUACAAGGAAUUUGUCUUGGCGGUUGGUGCGUGACAGUAGACAGUGUAACAAUAGACAACAAGACAGCAGUG